AUGGGCAUGACAGCUGUCCUUCCUGGAAGCAUACAGGCCGUCAAGAAUUCUGGUUCCAGCCAUUCGGCGAGCAAGAGAGAUGACACAGGUGCUGCUGCUGGUAAGGGCACUCUGCCAGCCUUCAAAUCCGUAUCCCACGUGCUUUUUGACCUUGACGGCCUGCUUAUAGACACCGAGAAGUUCUACGCUCAUGCUGCAGAGAGAGUGGCCUCUCGUUACGGCAAGAAAUUUACCUGGGAGCUCAAUAGGCGAGUGCUGGGAACCCCAGAUGCCUGCGCAGCGCGCACAAUUGUCGAGACUCUUGGUCUGCCGCUAACUCCGGACGGUUUCUUGGAAGCAGUGGAUCAGAUGUCCCAGGAAGUAUACCACAGCGCGCAGCUCAUGCCUGGCGCUGAACGUCUGCUGCGCCACCUACAUGCUCACGGUAUCCCCAUGGCCGUCGCCACCAGCUCGACACCAGCUUCAUUCGCCCUCAAGAUGACGCAGCAUAAAGAUAUUGUGGCCCUCUUUCACCAUGUGGUCUGCUCUGGCGGGGACCCAAGAGUAAAGCACGGAAAGCCUCACCCGGACAUAUUCCUCGUCGCCGCGUCGAAGUUUCUGGAGACGCCACCUUCCGAAAAGGUGCUGGUGUUCGAAGACUCACCUAUGGGUGUAACGGCAGCUCUGUCCGCUGGUAUGCAGGUGGUUAUGGUUCCAGACCCUCGUAUCGACGAAGAGAUUCGGCGUCGGGCUACCCUGUGCAUUGUCUCGCUGACUGAGUUUAAACCCGAGGUGUUUGGGCUUCCGUCUUUCAACACUUCCCCACAGAAGAGCUGA